ACUGUGCACCCAGAAGAUGGAACUAGACUGUGUGCCGGUGGAAAAACACAGGUCUGGAAGUGGAAGUGGAAUGCAGACUGGGACAAAAUGACUCUAACUGGUACAAAUGUGUAAAAGAACCUCACUGAAGAAGGUGGGGAAAGAGAGUUGACCUAAGUAACUUUGGAAACAGUAGUUUGAAUGGCCACUGUGAGGGAAAACACAAAAAGAACUAGUUGCUAUGAUGGAAGUUAAAGGGAAAAAAAAAUUCACAGGAAAAGGUACAAAGACAUCACAAGAAAAAAACAGAUUUCAUAAAAACAAUGAUUCUGGUUCUUCAAAGACCUUCCCAAGAAAAGUUGUUAAGGAAGGUGGACCUAAAAUUACAUCUAAGAACUUUGAGAAAAGUGCCACAAAACCAGGGAAAAAAGGUGUGAAGCAGUUCAAAAACAAGCAGCAAGGGGAUAAAAUACCAAAGAACAAAUUCCAGCAGGCAAAUAAAUUCCACAGGAAGAGAAAAUUCCAGGCGGACAAUAAAAGUGAUGAUUCAGCAGCCAAGAAACCCAAAUGGGAUGACUUCAAAAAGAAGAAGAAAGAACUGAAGCAGAGCAGGCAACUCAAUGAUAAAACCAACUAUGACAUUGUUGUUCGGGCAAAGCAGAUUUGGGAGAUCUUAAGAAGAAAAGACUGUGACAAAGAAAAAAGAGUGAAGUUGAUGAGUGAUUUGCAGAAGUUGAUUCAAGGAAAAAUUAAAACUAUUGCAUUUGCACAUGAUUCAACUCGUGUGAUCCAGUGUUACAUUCAGUAUGGUAAUGAAGAACAGAGAAAACAGGCUUUUGAAGAACUGCGAGGUGAUUUGGUUGAAUUAAGUAAAGCUAAAUAUUCCAGAAAUAUUGUUAAGAAAUUUCUCAUGUAUGGGAGUAAACCACAGAUUGCGGAGAUAGUGAAAAGUUUCAAAGGCCACGUGAGGAAGAUGCUCCGACAUGCAGAAGCAUCGGCCAUCGUGGAGUAUGCAUACAAUGACAAAGCCAUUUUGGAGCAGAGGAACAUGCUGACAGAGGAGCUCUAUGGGAACACGUUUCAGCUUUACAAGUCAGCAGAUCACCCAACUCUGGACAAAGUAUUAGAGGUACAGCCAGAAAAACUAGAGCUUAUCAUGGAUGAAAUGAAACAGAUUUUAACUCCAAUGGCCCAAAAGGAAGCUGUGAUUAAGCAUUCAUUGGUGCAUAAAGUAUUCCUGGACUUUUUUACCUAUGCACCCCCAAAACUAAGAUCAGAGAUGAUCGAGGCCAUCCGAGAAGCUGUGGUGUACCUGGCUCACACGCACGAUGGUGCCAGAGUGGCCAUGCACUGCCUGUGGCAUGGCACGCCCAAGGACAGGAAAGUGAUUGUGAAAACAAUGAAGACUUACGUUGAAAAGGUGGCUAAUGGCCAGUACUCCCAUUUGGUUUUGCUGGCGGCAUUUGAUUGUAUUGAUGAUACUAAGCUUGUGAAGCAGAUAAUCAUAUCAGAAAUUAUUAAUUCCUUGCCUAACAUAGUAAAUGACAAAUAUGGAAGGAAGGUAUUAUUGUAUUUACUAAGCCCCAGAGAUCCUGCACAUACGGUACGAGAAAUCAUUGAAGUCCUGCAGAAAGGAGAUGGAAACGCACACAGUAAGAAAGAUACAGAGAUCCGCCGACGCGAGCUGUUAGAAUCCAUUUCUCCAGCUUUGUUAAGCUACCUGCAGGGACACGCCCAAGAAGUGGUGCUAGAUAAGUCUGCGUGUGUUUUGGUGUCCGACAUUCUGGGAGCUGCCAUUGGAGAUGUUCAGCCUGCCAUGAAUGCCAUUGCCAGUUUGGCAGCAGCAGAGCUGCAUCCAGGUGGCAAGGAUGGAGAGCUUCACAUUGCAGAACAUCCUGCGGGACAUCUAGUUCUGAAGUGGUUAGUAGAGCAAGAUAAAAAGAUGAAAGAAAAUGGAAGAGAAGGUUGUUUUGCAAAAACACUCAUAGAGCAUGUUGGUAUGAAGAACCUGAAGUCCUGGGCUAGUGUAAAUCGAGGUGCCAUUAUUCUUUCUAGCCUUCUCCAGAGUUCUGAUCAAGAAGUUGCAAACAAAGUCAAAGCUGGACUGAAAAGCCUGAUUCCCACAUUGGAAAAAAACAAAAGCAUCAGCAAAGGAAUAGAAACUCUGCUUGAAAAACUGACCACAUAGGUGGAAGCAGUUAAGAACAAGAUGAAAUCAUUUUUCCUGUUCUGUUCCAUUUUCCCAGUGUGGAAAAGAAGGGCUAGGGUCCACCUUAUUGGUAAUUUGGGUGCUCCGUAGAUGUGUUUCUUCUUUGUGUAAGAAUCUAUUUAUAAAAUGUUUUCUAAAAAUGGUGUUUUUUUUAAAUCCUAGCCAUCUCCUUUGUCAUAUGGAGUAGUAAGUAAAUCACAAUAUGAGGCAGUAAGGUAAAAGGUUUAACAGUCGUAUACAGUGGGACCAACCAAAUAUAUUUAAAGUAGUUGUGUGAGUUGAUUCAGGGGAGAAGAUAUCUUUAGUGAGCAGUAGUCUCAGAAGGCUUCCUAGAGGAGGUGGGACUUGAGAGGACCUCAAAGGAAGGCAAGAUGUGGAAAAGAAGAGCCAAGGGGAGUCUUUGGUGGGAGUAGUGAGGUGGAAGUUAAUGCUUUUGAACUGAACUUUGGGAAUCAUUAGGGCCUUGAUGAGUACAGGGAGGGGGCUACUCUACAACCAGGGCAGCUGCAUUCCUAGCUGCCUUAUGGGUUGGGUUCCAUGCUAGAUUUGGCUUGAAAGCCACUCGAGUACAUUAAGGCUUGUAGGGACACAUGUGCUAGAUGAAUUAGGGGAUCACAGUGGGUGGCAGUGUUAAGGUCAAGGUCACUGGGAAAAUCUCCCUGUCUUUGGAUCUGGGCCUUCCAAGUAAAUAGCUCCUUAUGAUGAGACUUUCUCCCUUGGGACCAUCCCUAAAAUAGUUGAAGCCUAUAGGGUUUGAAUUAGAAGGAAGGAUGUUCAGAGAAAACUUUUAACAAAAGCAGCAAUCCUUCCCCUGCCCCACUCCACACCCCUGCCUUGCCCUCCCCAGAAGCAACUACUUCCAAUUUCUUUUAUCUGUGCUAAGUUUUGUUUUGUUGUUUUUUUUGUGUGUGUAAGGAAGACUAGCCCUGAGCUAACAUCCGAUGCCAAUCCUCUUUUUGCUGAGGAAGACUGGCCCUGGGCUAGCAUCCGUGCCCAUCUUCCUCUACUUUAUAUGGGACGCCGCCACAGCAUGGCUUGACAGGCGGUGCAUCGGUGCGCGCCCCAGAUCUGAACCUGCUAACCUUGGGCCGUCGAAGCAGAGUGCAUGCACUUAACCACUGGGCCACUGGGCCGGCCCCUGUGCUAAGUUUUUAAAUAUAAAGUUUUUAGUUUUUUGGGUUUUUUUUUUAAUAUAUCAGUUUUAGGCAUUUUCUUUUGACUUCCUAUUAUGGGGAAAUACAGAUUAAGACUUUUCACCACUACUGUUCCCUCAUUUCUUUUCUGUCUUCCCAAUAGAAUCGCGUCAUUUUGGGUAAACUAGGGUUUACAUGUUGAUGCCAACAAAUUGUUAAAUACCGAAUUAAGUAGUGGACUGUUAUUACAUUUCCUAUACCAUUUUAUUUCUUUUGGAAUUAAUAAUUGCCUCACUUAUUUUCAUUUGCUUACUCUUCUACGUUCCUAUUAUUUUUCCCAAACUUUUCAUCAGAAUUGCUUGAACUGUUCUCUAGCAGGCACCAUUUUCCUCUUUUCUUUCAGCCUAGUAAGGUUCCCGUAGAGUCAUGGUGUCCACCUUUUCCCCAUGGCUACAGUACCCUGACUGGCCUGAUUCAGUGUUUCCCACCCAGUAUGCCUCGAGCGGGUCAUAGAAAUGCUGAGAUUUUAACAGCCUCAUCUGUUGCUCCACCAGGCCAUACAAGCAUUUCCGUUCUGUGACUUGUGCAAAAGAGCACUGGUGUGAACUAAUCCUGGGGGCCUGUCCCUUAAGUCAGUGAUGGAUUUAGGCAGGACCCUGGCCAGUGAACCUUGGAAGUUAAGUGGUCUUCCUGGGAAAGGUUUCUUAGAGCUCAGACCCACAAGGAAGAGUCCCUUUCCUGCUGGCAGACUUCAGUUUGUGCAGAUUGGAUGCUUAGAGCUGUUGAGCUAUCUUGCAGCCAUGAGAGAAGGUAGAAAGCAUCCUGAGGAUGGCUGAGCAAAAGAUGGAAAGAAUCUGGAACUUUGAUGAUGUUGAGCUGUGGAAUAAAUCAACUCCUGGAGCUGCCGUCCUCCUGAACUUCUGGCUCAUAAAAUGUCCCGUUUAUCAUUAAGGCCAUUUUGGAUUGGAUCUUUAGAAACUUGCAGCUAAAAGUGUGCUAACCUCUCUCUGAACACUAAUUUCUACACUCUCCAACACGUGAAGUCAGCUGGCAGACAUCCCUGCUGGAGCCAGCUGGCUUUCUGGAUGUCCUGAAGAACUGCACAACCAUCGUCCUGGGCCCUUCCUUCAUUUCUCUUAUGGAAAGCCCAUUUCUAGGAUCCCAUGCAUUUCUUUUUUCUGGCUUAACACCCUCUUUUGAAUGGGGCACAAUCUUUAGUAACUUCGGGGAAAGAGUGCAUGUGAGGUAAAAUUUUCAAGUCUCAGUGUCUUUGUUCUGCCCUUUCAUAUCUGGGUACCUAGUUUAGCUGGACAUAGAAUUCUAGGUGGAAAUUAAUUUUGCCUCAGAAUUUUGAAGGCGUUGGUCAAUAUUUUCUUUGGCUUGCAGAGUUGCUAUGGAUGUCCAGUGCCAUCCUUAUUCUCAGUCUUCCAUAUGUGACCUUUUUUGGGUGGAGGGAAGGGCUUCUCUGAGAAGUUACAGGACUUCUUCUAUCCCCAGCCUUAUCUUUCAGGAUCAUGUGCAUUGGUGUGUGUCGUGUGUCUAUUGUUCAUUCUUCAUGCUUGCACUUGUUGACCAUUUUAGUCAGAAAAGCAAAGUCUUUCCAUUCUGCGAGCUAUAUUUGUAUUGUUUCUCUGAUUUUUUUUUUCCCCCUCUCUGUUUUCUCUAUUCUUUCUUUUUGGAACUCCUGUUUUUCAGAUUUUAUAUGCUCUUUUGCUUCCUCUGAUUUUCUUUCUCAAUUGUUUGGCUUUUUUGUUUUGCUUUCUGCGUAAGGUAUUUCCUUUGCUUUCUCUGCCAGCCCUUCCAUUGAAGUGUUCCCUUCUUGUUCCUUCGAUGAAAUAUCUCUUACAUCUCUGGGGAUGUUGUAUUUUAUGUUUGUUUUGUUUUACUUUGCUUUUUCUAUUUUCUGUUGUCUUCACUUUUGGUUUAUUUUGGCCUCUCAUGUUUGAGGCUUUCUUGGAAAGAUCUUUGGCUCUCCUUAUAUACUUAAAACACUUAAAACUGAUCAGAAAGGGGACAAGCCCAACCUGUUCUCUACUGGUGACUCUUCAUUGCACAGGUGAUUAGGUGUGGAUGCUGCUGUUUCACUGGAGCCCUCCAGAUGUUAGGAUCUGUAGGCCUUUUGCCUGGGGCCAUUCAGUGCAUCCAGAGAGAAAUCCACCUGGCAGCCAGUAUUCUGGUUGCUCAACAGUCAGUGUGCAGAUUUAAAUUAACCCACCUACUUUGAGUACAGUGCCUUGCCCUCAUACUCUUUUGUACCUGGGGCUCCUAGUCUGGAGAAAUUAAACCAGCGUGAGUCCACAAAAUAAACUCUCAGCCUCUGCCAAGGUGCAGAGUGGCAAUCAACCAGUUUCAGCCAAUUUCCCUGUUUUCCAUCCCAGGCCUCACCCCGGCUUUCCCCAGUACUUAGCACCUCUAAUUGCUGGGAUUUUCCGUGCAUCACGGUGAGAAUUAACUUGUCCUCUGCAUGCACUUGAUGUUCAGCUUUCUCAGCCCUGCUGCUUUGUCCACAGCUUCCUGUUCUUCCCAGUAUUUGCCGCUGUUGCUCACCCACUGAUGGCUUCUCGCCUGUUUACUUUGUUCUUGUGAAUUUACACCAUUUUUAUUCUUAGCAGAAAUCAACCGAUGUUUUUAACCAGACUGAAAACUGAGUGGAGGGUGUAUUUUCCGUGGAAGAGCUUACUGAAUUUAAGAAUGUCUUUAAUUUUCAAAUUCGGCUUUUUGUGGUUUUCAAAUUGCACCAACCCCAUGCUUUUCCCAGGGAUCAGACAUUGCCUAGAAGGAAGGAGAACCCCGUUUUCCCUUUAAGCCUGGGGUAAUGUGUAUAAUGGAAUUAGGGCCCUUGUAGGAAAUGCCUUUCUGUGUGCCUAAACUCAAAGGACUGGCUCUUUAAAAUGAGAUGGCACUUGUGUUGCUAUUUUCAGUGAAACUUUGAAAAGGUUACAUCUUAAUUAUAGCAGAUUAAUCACUCGUAAGAGUAAAUCUUGUAAAGAUGAGGGUGUGUAUUUUUAGAAUAAUGGUUAAGAGAGCACAAGGUCUCAAAAAAAGCAACAGUUAAUACUGAGCCCCUAAUCAUAAACUAUUUCUAUACCAAAACUAAUGAACUAAGUAAACAAACAUAAAAAUCUG